CAAAUUCGCACAAUAUUCUUGUACCAAUUUAGAGGGUGGAAAUGCAGCGGAAACAACUGGUGACAUCAACCGUGCAUUUCAUGCUGGAACUGCUAAUACUCCUACUGCACAAUGGUGGUUUCAAAAUUUUCGGAAAGCUUACGAAAGGCUUGAAGAUGAACAGGACUGAAGUCGCCCAGUGGAAGGGAACAACGAUCAAUUAAGAACGUUAGUUAAGGCACAUCCGCGUACAACUAUUCGAGAUAUUGCUGCUGACUUGGUAGUAUCGCAUGUGACCGUUUUAAAAUAUUUACGAAAGAUGGAAUCUCGACAAAGCUUGAUAAGUAGGUGCCGCAGAAUUGAAUGAAAGUCAAAGAAAUCGUCGUUUUGUGGUUUCGUGUGCCCUACUUCUACGCAGUAAAAACGUCCCUUUUCUCGACCGGAUUGCGACUUGCGGCGAAAAGUGGAUCCUUUACGACAAUCGACGAUGAACUUCUCAAUGGUUGGGCUACGAUCAGCUCCCCAAUACUUCCCAAAGCCAAAAUUGCACCGGAAAUUGGUUAUGGUGACUGCUUGGUGGUUUGCGGCCGGUCUGAUCCGUCACAGGUUUCUGAUUCCAAGGAGAACCAUAGCAGCGAAGAACUAUUAUCAACCACUUGUGGAAAUGCACAGAAAACUUCAACAUAGGUGCCCGGCACUGGUCAACAGAAAGGAGCCGAUUCUUCUCCAUGAUAAUGUUCGGCUUCAUGUCGCACAAACAACCAUGCCGAAGCUGCACGAGUUGGAUUAUGAAACUUUACCUCACCCACCAUAUUUUCCUGACCUCUCACUUACC